UCUUUUAGGUAGACGUCUUAGUAAGUCUACCGAAAGUUUUAUUUUUGUUGUCAAAGGUAAAAACGGAGACUACUAGAGAAGUCUGCGUUAGAAAAAUAAUUUAUCUGGUCAAUUGCAAAACUAACCCGUGCGUUGACAAAUAGACUGCAUCGUAAGUCUCCACGGAGGCGUAGACAUACAAAACAGUCUACCGUCGCGACACAGAUCUGAAAAAGAACGAAAACCAUGUCAAUAGUUAUCUUUUUCCUGUGUAAAGCUCGUUUCCAACCUUUUCAACCGUCCAAACUCCAAAUAUGAGCAAAAAGAAGCAUCUUUAACGAUUCACUAAUGAAGAAACUCGAAAAUAUGAAGUUUGUGAUUAUGAAAAUGAUAGUUAUGAGAGUUUUUUAGAUGGAAAUGUAGAGAAGAUGAGAGGAAAUGAAGUUUUUUGGGUUAGAAUGAGAAAAAAAAGUGGUUGAAAAUUGAAUUCUAGAGCUUUAGAGCUCAAAAAUGGUGGUUCAUGGUGGUUGAAAAAAUUGAUGAUGAUGGCAUUUUUGUAGAUAAGAAGAAAUAGUUAGGGCGUAUUUGGUUUUUUGUUAAUUUCGAAAUUAAUAAAAAAAUAAAUAAAAAUGGCAAUUUUGUGAAUAAUUCAAAAACAUAAGGAUAGUAUUGAAAUUUUAUUGAUGAAUAGUAUGGACAAAAAAAAGGGGUUGGUUUUGGGUUUGACUUGAAAAUAUGGGUUGGUUUUGAAAAACACCUUUUUUUUUAAUCUUCAUAUAUUUUAUGCUCUAUCAAAGUUUGCAUGUAAUUGUGAGAGCCAAUUCAUUAAAUAUUUCUUACUCUCAUAAUUGGUUAUACUAUUACUUAUUCUCUGAAAAUCAGUGAAUCGAAACCCAUUAAAAAUGAAAUUCAAAAUCGUUAACAACGGAUAGACAGUAAGAUUUAAAGUACUCGGUGAAAAACAAGAAAAUAAGGCAUAUAACAAAUCUAAAGAAAUCCAAAUAGGUUAGUGGCAUUUGAUUGUUGAAGCAAAGAAAAGGAUUCUAUGAGAAAUUGUUAUUGGGGGUUUGACGAUGUUAAAAAAAAAGAGCGGAAGAGAUAAUAAAUUAGUAUUCUUCUUUUUGAAACAAAUUUAGUGUUAUUUGCUUAUAUAUUUUAAUAGAUUUAUAAAUUCAAGCCAAAUCUAGUGUUAUUAGUUAUAUAAUUUUAAAAUAUGAUUUCCAAUCUAUUGUCAUUGGGUUUUAUGAUUUUAAAACAAAUUUUAAAAUCAUGAGUUAUUCUAUAGUAUGGAUUUAUGUAAAGAUUUAAUUUGGAUUUAGAUUUGAGUGAAUUUAUAACUAUUUUUAAGAGAAAAACAGAAAAUAACAAAUAUUUAGUUGAACUUUGUUAUUUUGAUUGGAUUUGUAUUAUUGGUUAUUCUUUAUAUUUCUGUGUCCUAAAAACAUCGAUUGAUAUACGACUUCAAAUUUUAUAAGAACUCCUCACCAGCGACUCAACUUUAUGGCUUUGUCUGUCGGAGGUUUUGUUGACGGAGUGUGGAAGUCAAAGCUGGCCGGAGGUAUAUGGAGAAGAACACAGUUCUGUUGAUAAGUCAUUCUUGACAAAAAAAUACGAAGAAGAACACAGUUCUAUAACUAGGAAUUGCUGACAGAAAAUAUAUACGUCAUUGGAUGUCAAAAAAAAAUGUACGUCAUUGAUGUUUUGUUGAUAGUUUUUUUAAAAUUUUUGUGUUAAAUUUAUACAUUAUCAAACACGAAUUCAUAAUUUCUUGGACAACAAGAAAGUUCAGAAGAAAAAUGAUAUUCGAUGAAAUAGAUGACAUACAUAUUUUCUGUGAAAUUAUAUAUUUGAAGAAGCGAUAAUGAAAACUUCAACUCCAAAUCCCUUUAUUCUGAUUUUGAAAUAUAUAUCUUUUAAUUCUGAAAUCUAUCUAGUGAUUUGUUCAAGAUUUCUAAAUUCAAAUAGAAUUUCUAAAUCUAUUAAAAUAGUAGAACAAAUAACCUCCACUAAUAAAUUAAUAAUAGUAAAUUUUAAUAAUAGCAGAUUCUUGAUAAUAAUAUUAUCAAUCUAAUAAAUUAAUAAUAGUAGAUUUUUGAUGAGUAACAAGCUGAAGAGAUGGGCUAGAAAUUAAUAAUAGUAGAUUUUUGAUGAGUAACAGUCAUGAAUAGAAACCUUUUACGUUGGACCCUUGUUUUGUUUUCAUGACAUGAAUCUGAUGUGUCAAUUUAAUUGGAUGGAAAUAUUUUACCCAUGUGGAACUUUUAAAUAAGAGAUAACUUUUUAACCACAUACGGGAUCAAAAUCAUUUUUCUUUUGCCAAUAUCUCUAAAUUUUAGGUUCUCUCUGCUGAACACCUAUCUUGUAUUGCUCUCCAAGUCCCGAACUUGUCCAUCGAUCUAAAGAUGCCAGCUGAAGCAAAUAAUCUUCCCGACAGCGAGGCCGUGCCAUCAAGUCUUCCAGAGGUCUCACCAAUCCUUCGCGUGGCCCAUAAAAUACAUCCCACACAUCCUCGGAUUGCUUACCUAUGUGUGCUUGCUGCACUUGAAGAGUCGCAAAUCGUUUGCUCCUUGAACCCUCCAAUUGAUGCUUUCAAGUUUAAGAAUUCUCUUUGGUAUUGGACUAAAACUAAUGAUGAAACACAUGGGGAUGGAAAAGUGAGGCCGAGUGAUGCACGUGAUAUGCAUAAUUUCUAUCUCGAGUAUUACGAGAAAAACAUCCAAGCUUUGUUCAAGUUUCUUGAAGACCACCGAUAUUUUGAAGGAGAUGGCCCAGGGCCCAUGCCUCUCUGGCCUACUCCUACAGACGGCUUACAACCUUCCAGAACUCUCAGUGUCAGAGCUGACAGGGCUCUACUUCUCACAAAUGCAUGUCGAGCUGCUCUUGCUCUCUACAAAGUCGUUGAGCAUCUUUCUAAAGACGUGCAACUACCUCCUCAGAUUUUGGAAGCCCACAAUGAAGUGAAACGGCUAGCCCAAAUAUUUAGACCAUACAACCAUAUUCCCAACGAUCCUUAUAGUGAUGAUCAUCCCAUGAGGAGACUGCCUGCGAUAAGAGCUGUUGAAGCCGCACUUGGUGUAAAGGUUUACUCUAGGGAUAAUUGUGUGCGUAAUACAACUCAACCGUUGCCCACCCCACUAGAAAUCUGUCAACCAAAAAGGCGAGGCCCAACAAAUCCGAAGAUAUACUUAUUGGCGAUAAGCCCGUGAGCAAUCCUGGCGGGAUUGGUAUCAGCCUAUGGAUACACAUAAUAGGAACAAUUAUUCUUUUCAUUUUCGUAUUUUUUUUCUUUGACAGCUUCACCUAAGCUAUUUAAACUACAAACUUGUUAACAUUAAAAAAGAACUACUAACGCAUCAACCAACCUUUCUUUUC